UACGAAAAGGCGAACAUAGCAUAAUUAUUGAUCCAUGGUAAGCACCAUGACACAGUACGAAAGCUAAAUUCUGAAUAGCAUUGCGCAUCACCAUCAUCACGUUCGUUGGGGAGGGUAGUAGCGAGGAGCCAGGAACCAGCUAGUUCUUACGUCAUCAAUUCUUCAUCUCAUCAUAUUAUUCGGAUCCCGAAUCAUGCCAGGAAUAAAAACAUACCUAAAAGAUUCGCGUUAGUUGUCUGAAAUGAUUGUUUAAGAAAAGCCUAAAAUUUUAGGUUUCUCUCGAGAAUAUUGUGGAAAUUUAAAAGUGAUUUACUGUAAAGUUACGCGGAAUAUAUUUGUAUUUGUGUUAUCGACUGAAGUGCAUAGUGCGUGUUAAAAGUCGUGAAAUUGAAAGGUUUCCGGGAGCUCGAAUGUUCAGUUCCACUCUUGGUCAUGGAAGCACCUCCAAAAGUGCAUCGGCAUAGACACCGCCGGACGAAUUCUAGGCGUAGAAAUGAGGAUAAUUCUACGGAACGUUCACCUGCGUCAGGGACAGUUAGAGCUAGAGACAAUGUCUCCCAGGAAUUGCAGCAGCAACAACAGCAACUUCAGCAACAACGGGGCCCUGCUGAGCGAGAGCUCCAUUUCGAACAACCUAGCUUGCUGGUAAAUGGUCAUGAACCACAAGAAGCAGGAGAAGGUGAUGAAAACAUCGAGAAUGGGAGUGGUGAAACGGCUAUAUCGGCACAACCAGCAGCCGGAACCCAAGGUGCUGAAGUAAGUGAUCUAAAACCUGCGGAAAAUAAAAAUAGUCUACAAAAGGGAAUUAUGCAAUUUAUGGACCGCGAGUUAAAAGCCCCUGCAACGGCGCCCGGCGUCCCGGGAAAGAAAGCACAGUCACUAUCCGACCCACAAGCGAGUCCUGCUCAAAGGUCAACGCGUAGCCGUAGUAGUCUGGAUAAGAGUCCGCGUAGAAAGCGCAGUAAAUCGGAAUCUCGGAGGCGCCGCGAGCGUAAGUUGAUUGCUGCCGGUGAAAUGGAAGUGCGGCAAGCAAAUGAAACUCUGAUGCGCUAUUUGAAGCAAUGCUCUGAAAUGAACGAUGCUUCCCUUUCUGGGGACCUUGAAAUUGAUCAUAAUUUCGAUGAGCGUCGGGUUCACCGAAAAACAAAAUCACAACGAGACAAACGUGGGUAUCUUCUCAAUAAAACUACUGGUAAAGUUUAUUUGAGAGGUGGACUUUCAUCUAUACUGAAAGAUUUAUCUGAAGACAUUGUACCAGUUGGUAGCGAGAUAUACAAUCCUUUCACGCCAGUAGUGUCUCCCACAGAAGGACCACCAACGCGAAUAGAUCGUAUGUUUAUUCAAACUUCUUCAGGAUAUCGCUCUGUUGAUAAUUGCUACUACAAACAUCCGAUUGGUAUGGAUGGACCGGAUAGUAAUAGAAGUUCGAUCCAAACAAGCGUGAAUUUAUCCUGCGCUCUUCAACGAAUGUGGAUAAUGGUUUCGAAUAUAUGUCACGGUCUACUUGGAGGUUUAGCUUUAGCGCACUUACUAUUUAUCGCAACAAGUCGACCGUACGAUUGGGCUGAUGGCGCCAUCAAACAUUAUUCAUCGUUUGCUGAAAUCUAUGCAAAUACUUUCUACUGUUUGUGUAUAAUAUGUAUGGUUUCAAUAUUUGACCGAAUGGAUAUCUGUCAUGUAGAUAUAACGAAUGCACCAGAAUCGAUAUCCUUUCGAUGGAUCAUCAUUGCAAUGAUUUACAUAGCGACAAUAAUACUUACUUUAUGUGCUGAAACUAUGGAUGAAAAACUCUACCUAACCAAUUAUAAUAUAACCGUAUUCGAAGAGGAGAUGGAAAACAACCAGGUAAUGAGUGUAUGGAGCAGCCUAUCAAUAGCACGUAGUGUAGGCGCAAUCGUAGGCUGGAUUAUGAUUGGUCUUUCACCAACUGAUGACUUGCUUUACAACCACCUGUUAGAGAUGGAGAAGUAUCAAUUAACAAACUCUUAAAAAGGCAAUAUACAAAGAAUAGUAUAAAGAAUGAGAGCAGAGAGUGAUAAUUAUUGUACUGUAUUGUAAAUAAUAGAGUAGAGAGGAUUCAAUCUAUUAAAAAUAUUUAUACCUAUAUGCAUAACUAAAAGUGAAAUAAUCAAAUAACACAAAUAUAAGACAUUAUCAAGUAUACAUAUGAUAUAAUUUAUCAAAAGUUUAGUCACAUUAUAAAACAGAAACUGAUAACUCAGCGUACUACAGGAUGUAUGCUAACAAUACUUGAAAUGAACAGUUAAAAUAUAACGAAAAUGUUGAACUGA